AUGGCGUCCCCUCAAUCCAGCAACUCCAAUCCGUUCGCCGGACUCGUACCCGACGCCACCGCCGUCCGUGAUCUCGACAUCCACACCCGUGUUCCCAUCAAGCUUGAUCAGUCCACCUCCUCGUACUACACAUGGAAGACCUACUUCAACCUCGUCUUCCGCGAGUACCACCUCCUCGAGCACGUUGACGGGACCGUGGAUGGCGAUCUCAUGGUGGAUGAUCCGGACUGGGCGGCCAUUGAGGCCUCUCUCAUCCGGUGGUUCUACCUCACCGUCUCCCCGGACAUCUUCCACACGGUCGUCUCGGAGGAUGACGACGCGUGUGCCGUAUGGACCAAGAUCAACAACCUCUUCACCGAUAACAAGCUUCAACGUCUUGUGUUUUUGCAGCAGGAAUUUUUCGGGUGCCACCAAGAUGAUUCCUCCAUCGAUGACUACUGCAUGCGUCUCAAGCGCCUCGCCGAUGAGCUCCGUGAUAUCGGCGCCAAGGUGUCGGACGAGCUCAUGCUUAGCACCCUCACCGCCGGCCUCAAUGAGGACUUCGGCAACGUGGCUUCGAACCUCUCCCUGCUGCCGAACCCGACUUUCCAGUCCGUCACCGCGUACUUACGCUUGGAGGAACGGCGGAUGAAGAAGGUCAAGGCCCGCGUCCACCACACCGCCCUCGCCGCCGGGACAUCUCGCGGGCAGCCGCAGCCCGCCCCGCCCCAACCGCGUCCGCCGGCGCCACCGGGGUGCUACCCCCUCCCGCCCGCUCUGCCCGCACCUCCCGCUCCUCAGCAGCAGCAGCAGGGCGGGGGCGGCGGCCGCCGCAACAGGCGUCGUGGGGGAGGGGGCGGCGGUCGCUCCCAGCAGCAGCAGCACCGGCAGCCAGGCCCUAACCCGUGGACCGGCGUGGUCCACGCUUACCACAUGCCGGUCCCACGGGCCCCGGGCAUCCUUGGGCCGCACCCGGCCGGGCCGCAGGCACACCUCACCGCUGCACCCUACCAGGCGGGUGGGGGCGGCCACGCCCCUGGUGGCUACGCGUCGGGCUUCGCGCCGGGCGGCUACGCGCCUCCGCCGGCGUCCUUCGGCUAUGCGCCGCCGCCUGCACCAGCUCCGCCCGGUAGCUACCCGCUCCCUCCGGCUCCAUGGGAUCCCGCUCUGCUCGCUGCACUUCACUCGGCGCCGUCUCCCUCCAAUUACGGAGGUGGCGGUGAUUGGUACAUGGACACGGGGGCUACCGCCCACAUGACGUCGCACCCCGUUAAAAAUCUUGUCUCCAUUCGUCGUCUUGCACGUGACAAUCCUCUCACCGUUGAAUUUGAUGGCCUUGGUUUCUCUGUGAAGGACGCCCGUACGCGGAUGGUGCUCCACCGAUGUGACAGCCCCGACGACUUAUACCCGGUGCACUCCGCCUCCACCGCCUCACCAGUCGCCCUCGCCGCCGGUGUCGACCUCUGUUAA